AUGAUGAGUGAACACAGCGGAGGCACGAUGGAUAGCGAGAAAAGCGAUGAAAUCGUAGCAGCUGAUGAUAUUUCAAGGCUGCUGAGCCACUUUGUGAAGACGAGCCAUCGUGUUAAAAGUUCAGAUGUCAAAGGGGAAACAAUUAUGGAACAGUGUAUGCUGCUGAUUGGAAAGGACUACAAAUACACAGUGGUUCCAAACCUGAAUGGAGAGCUGUGUGGUCACUAUCCUAUGAAACUGAUAAUUACAGAGUUUGAAAGGGACACACAUUGCAUUGCUGAAAAUGUUGAAAGUCGUUAUGACCCUCUAAUAGUCAUGCAGAAAAUGAAGAAUGCCAGGUGUGCUCGAUGCAGAUCAAGAUUUGUUGUUCCAGUAAUUUUAUACCAAGGAAAGCAUAUCUGUCGAUCAGCAACUCUGUCAGGAGCUGCUGAAAUGUUUGGAAGAUCUACAACUGACUACCUGCUGUCAAAUCAAAAUGUCGGCAUGCAAGAUGUAGGAGCAUCAGACAUGUUUGACAAAUUUCGUGGUCACGACAUCCAGCUGCUGAAGUAUUUUGAUGUCGGGUACAUUUGUGAUUUGAUGGUGGAGAAGAAGAAGACCAAGUUUGGAAUGCCGAUUUCAUCAUCAGAAAAGGUGGAUAAAGAAAACCGAUAUUCUGAAUUUUCUAUACUGUGCAUGCCAUAUCCAGGAUGUGAAUUCUUUAAAGACUGGAAGGACAAUGCAUAUAUGGCAGAAACCACCAUGUAUGACUGGGGACAGGCUCUUAAUGAUUCAUCUUUAGAUCUUCCACAAUCACCUUUAGUUGAGGACCUGAAUAUAAACUGGUCUAAAUACACAGAGUGGAGUCUAGUAGAAUUGACACAGAAUUACUUCAGGUUGUUGUUACAGUACAUCAGAAAAGGAACAAAAGGUCUGCUGAUUCACUGUAUAUCUGGCUGGGACAGGACCCCGUUGUUCAUCUCUCUGCUGCGGCUGUCCCUGUGGGCAGAUGGAGCCAUCCAUCGCUCGUUGUCAGAGAAAGAAAUACUUUACUUAACUCUAGGAUAUGACUGGUAUCUUUUUGGACAUGACCUUCCUGACAGACUUAGUAAUGAACAAGAGGUAUUAUAUUUUUGCUUUAAAGUAUUGAAAGACAUUUCUUCUGAUGAGUUUUCUGUCCUGCCAAGGCCACAGUUGAGUCACAUGAAGGGAGUCUCUCCCCCGGGAGAAGGCGUAGCUGCUAGCAGGUUACACACAGUCAGACAGUUCAUCCAUUCUCAUGUAGACUCUGAUAUUAAUCUCGGCUUUCAGGAAGGAGUUCUGUUAGCUGAGGAGCUGAUGAACUAUCCAGGCAAAGGCAGCACUACUAGUCUGAACAGCAUUAGCAGCUCUGAGCCACAAGACCAAGCCUGUUUUGAUGUGGGUCCUGCUGAGGCAGAUGAGGAAGAGGAGUGGGAGUGGAGUAGGACAUCUACACUAACAAAGUAUGAAUUUGCAGUUAUUUGUAUAGCUAAACUAAUUGUAAUCAUGACACAGCGGAGGUCAUUGUCACCUGCUCAGGCAGCUUCGGUGGCCUUACGCCAUAGUUCUCCCGUCAGUGCCAGUCGGCGACGCUUGUCAUCAGAUAGUCAACAACUGUCUGUGAAAUCAAAUCACUUUAUGGGCAGCCCACUGCUGCGCUCUUCUAGUCCCAUGUCUGUACCACAGAGAGCUGAUCAGUCUGGAUCUUCUAACAGUAUAGGCAGAAUCAUUUCCAGUGCUGAUAACCUACACAGCAUGUCCCACGGUUCAUCGCAUUCUCGACCUAGCACUGAUAGAUCCAGCAGUCAUGUCAGCUUGUGCAAUGAAGCAUUUGAUAUCAACAUGUCCUCUAUGAGAGCAUGCCGUCUGGAAGCUGUGAGUCAGAUGUUCUUUAUGGCCUACUCCAGCUCUGUACAUUCACAGGGUGUUAGACAUUCCUCUGGAGGGGGCCUGACUUCACUACUUGAUCGGUUUGCUGAACAAGUGGGCCUCAAGGGGAGGCCCCCAAACUCCAGUAACAACACUAGGACGGGUGUAUAG